AUGGAGAGGCUGACGGACCCGGGCACGCCGGGGGUCAGCGGCCAGGGGCGGAGGGCCGGGAAGCCCCCCCCCCCAGUUGGCCGGUGCGUAAAACCGCGGUGGGCGGUCGACCCCGACUCUGAAGUGCGGCCCCGCAGGCACGACACCACCAGAGUCAAAAAGAAGACCAGACUGGCAGGGAAGAAGCGAGAGGCGAGUCGACCUCGCCUCUACACAGACUCGCCGACCCCAUUUGGGCGGAUGGCGAGCGGACAAUCGUUCCGGUGCCCAAAAAGUGCUGGUGGGGAACGGUUUCACUAUGGGGGUGGUCCGUGCACGAUUUUUUCCCAUACAAAGUGGGCCUCGAAAGUUGACAAGUUCCCGACACGCGGGGGACUUGGUCGUUUUCAAUGUCAAGUCACGUGUACCCCGGGGCGCCUCGCGGGGCCCCCCGGGGGGCAUCUGCUCCCGGCAUGCCCACCCCCGGAGCCACCCCCCGAAGCGUCUACCUCCCGGCGUGGUCACCCCCGGAGCACCCCCCCGGAAGGCACCUCGCUCCGGGCCCGACCAACCCCGCCACCUCGAGAUAUAUAUUUCCUGGGUGAGAUGGUGUGGUCCCCCAUGGCGCCCCCCCCUCCUGUCUGGUCCACCCCAACCCCCCUCGCGGCUUCGGGUCCCGCCCACUUGCUCCCACACCCAUUUGUUCCCGGGGCGCUCGCCCCCGGAACCCCGCCGCGCCCAGGGCCUUCCCCCCCCGGGAGCCACCCCGGGUCCUCGCCCGCUAUGCCGUCACGAACUGGCGAACCCUCUUGGUCGCCGCCGCCCAACCUCCCCAGCCAACUGGUCAGGGGCCGGGCCCGCGUGCGGACGCCCUUCGCCCCGGCUCAGGACUCCCGCACUCGAUCCCCGUCGCCGGCCGGCCCCGCCGUCCAAGUCCCCCCGCCCGCCAACUGGCCACCCCUCGCCGCCGUCCCGGGCCCCGGAGGACCACCCCCCGCGGCGGCCCGCGGUGCCCAGCCCACCGGGGGGGGAGGCCUCCCGGGAGGGGCUGCGGUGGUGCCGUCGCGGGACCGCCCUGCCAGGCCCGCGCCGACACGCCCACACCCUCCCCCUCUAGGAUCCCGACCCCCGGCGCCACGCACCACGCCCGCCCCGGCGAGCGGCCCCCCGGGGGCCCGGA